GGAGAGCGAUGAGGGGAUGAGAGAGUACUUUUUCUUAGACAUUUGAUAUGUUGAUCAGGAGACAAACAGUGGUGUUGCUUGGAUCGCCUCUGUUGUUGUGGAGUGCAGGAAUGAGAUGCUAGGGAUGUCAAUAAGGAUAAUGCCUUGGAGGAAGUUAAAGUAGCUUCAAUGAAGCAUGAGAAGAAGAAGAAUGGAUGUUUCAAGAUUGAGGAUGAUCAGACUGUUAUCGAUGGAAGGGGUUCUGAUGGGCAGGAGAGCAGGACUGAUGUGGAGAAGGAUGAGGAAGAGGCUCAAUUGGAUUUAAGGAAGGAUAAUAAGAAGGAAAAGAAGAAAAAGAACAAGAGAAAUAAUGAAAAAGAGGAUGGCAUUUCCUUCUUCUUCAGAUUUGCUUCAUAAAGGACUUGAUGGUAUGAACGACAAUGGUGAGAAGAUUGGUGACAAGGGAAGAGAUAAGGGGAAGAAAAGAGGGGAAAACAAGAAUAAUGAAAUGGAUGAAUUGUGCACUGAUCUGCAAGUAGACAGGAAAAAGAAGCGAAAAAAGGAUAGGAGUGUGAAAGUUGGUAACUGUGCAGAAUCUUUUGAAACAGAUGCCACUGAUGAAGUAACUGAUGACAGACAGAAAAGGGCUGGAAAUGUUAAAAAGAUGGAAUCAGCAAGGAAUGCUAACCAUGAGGUGGGUACAACAAUAGUGGAGGAUGUGAAGAAGGGAAUUAGGAAAGAGGACAAGUAUAAGGAGGUUUCUACAUCUUCAUUGGCAGCUGGUAUAAAUGGAUCAGGUAAUGGAAAACAUGUCAUUGCAGAUGAUAAAGAGCCAGGUUGCGAUGAAGCAUGUAAAGGUUCAAAUGGAGAUAAAAGAGAGAAGAGGAAAAGGACAAAGGAUGGUGCUGGGUUCGAAAUUGCUGAGCAUGACAAAAGGAAGAGGGUCAAGCAAGCAUUCAGCACAGAGGAUACGGAGACUGCAGAUGCUGGUGUUGAUGGGAGGCCAUCUACUACACUGAGAGGUGAUAAGAAAAUAAAGAGGAAGAAGGAAAAGAGGGAUGGAGAGGACAGAAGCAUAAAUUUCUUGUCUGAAGGAGUCCCCAGGAGUGAAAUGAAUGCUGGAUUUGCAGAAGAUAAAGAAAAUGACGAGACAUCUAACAUGAUGGGUGAGAGACAUUCUGGUGAUUCUAAGGCCUCUCGAUCAAAGGAAAAAAACCGAAAGGUUAGGUUUUCAGGUAAAGUGGAGGUGUUUCCUCCUGCCGAUGACACUGAACAUGAAGAAGAUGGCAAAAUGCAAUUAGUGCAAGGCAAGCGCUUCACUCCAGAGGAAGAUAAACUAAUCAAAGCUGCCAUUGAAAAAUAUGUAGAGAGAUAUCAUCUGGGAAAGGAUGGUGUCCAUAUGAUUCUCCAUUAUAGAAGUUAUCGACAAGUCAGAAAUUGUUGGCAAGAAAUUGCGACUUGCAUACCUUACAGGCCUCGCAAAUCUAUAUGUUAUCGAGCACAUGUUUUAUUUGAGCAAAGUGAAGAGCGUAAGUGGGAUCCAGAAGAUUAUGAGAGAAUCCGCAGUUUCCAACAGAAACAUGGAUCAAAAUGGAAAGAACUGGCAGAACAACUUGGCAAACACAGGGUCCAUGUAAAAGAUGCUUGGCGAAGGAUAAAACCGCCAAAUCUAAGAAAAGGUACCAACAGUUAUCAUCAUCUUUGGUCAAGAAAGGCAUCUGGUCUGAUGUGGAUGAUUACCGCUUGCUGGAUGCGCUUCAAAACACAGAUGCUUGUUGUGUAGAAGAUGUUGACUGGGACAAUCUUCUUGAGCAUAGGCCGGGAGAAGUUUGUCGAAAACGGUGGAACCAAAUGAUCCGUCACAUUGGUGGGCACCGGGAAAAGCCAUUCAUCGAGCAACUGGAAGUGCUCCACGGACGCUAUUGCCCAGAUAUGCUUGAAUACAGAAAAUAAUAACAAGUACUUUUGUUCUUUCUUUUCCGUUGGUGUAUAAGUUUUGCUAGGAUUAUGGGGCAUGGUGCAAGUUGAGAGACUCGAUGGAAUAUUUUUUGUAACUGUAAUACUGGAAGCUAAUUCAAUAGCAAGAAGAAAUGGCUUUGGUUUAAUUUGAA